AUGAAGCUAUCACCCAGUGGAACCCUCCUCUCAUACGCCCUCCUCCUCAUCCAACAUGUACACGGCAUCGGCUUCGUCAACACACCUACAACCCGCGACCUCCAUCUCGCCGCGGCAUUAGGGCUUAGUGCGGAUAGCGUCAUACUAAAUCCAGUCGCUUUUCGGAAGAUGGUUGAUACGUCAGUUACGCGGACAAUACCUACAGAAUAUACUGAUGUGCCAAUCGAUCAUGAUAAUCAUACAAUCGGCACAUACAAGAAUAGAUAUUGGGUGACGACGAAAUAUUAUAGAUCAGGUGGUCCUGUAUUCUUAUAUGAUGUUGGCGAGUCAUCGGCAUACAGCUCAGCGCAACAUAUGUUGGGAGAGUCGUCUUUCUUUAGGGAGUACCUUGAGGAAUUCGGUGGUCUUGGGAUUGUUUGGGAGCACAGAUAUUAUGGAGAUUCUCUGCCCAUGGGUCCCGUGAAUGUGGACACACCAGCAGAAAAUUUCAAAUACCUGACCCACGACCAAGCAAUCGCCGAUAUCCCAUAUUUCGCGCAAGACUUUAGUCGUCCAGAGUUCCCUUUUGAAGAUCUCUCGCCUAAAGGUACACCAUGGAUAAUGGUCGGCGGAUCAUACUCCGGCAUGAGAACGGCGUUUACUCGCGACGAAUACCCGGAUACCAUCUACGCAGCUUUUGCCUCUUCGGCACCAGUACAAGCACGCGCAGAUAUGAGCGUAUACUUUGAGCAGGUCUACCGUGGCAUGGUGGCCAAUGGCUAUGAAGGAUGUGCACACGAUCUACAUGCAGCUAUGAGCUAUGUUGAUUCUCAAUUGGCGUUGAACGGCACUGCUAGCGAUGAUGUUAAGAAACUGUUUUUGGGUGCGGGAGGAGAGAUCAAUUCCAAUGGCGAUUUUACAGCCGCAUUGGCUUAUAUUUACGGCACUUUCCAGUCUUAUGGAACGGGCGGAGGAGAUACGGGCUUGGGAUCAUUAUGUGACUGGAUGGAAGCCGUGCCGACGGCGACAAGGGUAUCGCCGACCGCUACUUCGACUGCAACGGUGACGAAGAGAGACCACGAAAGCAAACCGAUCUCCAGGAUACUGGGUCGACGUGCGCGAAAGGCGGCAGAAGAAGGAGCAGAUGUGCCAAGUGCAGCUACGGCAACCCCAUUGACAGGCUGGGCUCCGUUUAUUGGUAACAGAGCCGUGGCUGAGCGAUUCGCGUCAUGGCCUCAGCUCAUCCCUCUAAUCAACUCUUAUGCGGCUACCGAGUGUGACUUAAAAUCCGGCUCCGAAUACUGUGACCUGGGCGGCCGACUCACUGACCCUGCUUCUAUCGCCUGGACAUGGCAAUAUUGUUCUCAAUGGGGCUUUUUUCAAACCGACAAUGUCACCCCAAACCCUACUCACGGUCUAUUAUCUACCUAUCAGUCGUUGACAUACAACCAAGAGAUUUGUUAUCGCCAAUUCCCCGGUGCCCUCGAAAAUGGACUCCUCCCCGAAGCACCAAAAACCGAGGCAAUAAACGACGAAACAGGAGGUUGGCUCAUUCGCCCUUCAAAUACAUACUGGUCCGGUGGCGAGUUUGACCCUUGGAGGACAUUAUCGCCUCUAUCUACAGAAAGCUUUGCGCCGGAUUUUGUUACGUUUCGCUCAAAUAUUCCGCAAUGCAAUCGACAGACGGCCGAAAGAGAGAUUUUCGGAUAUGUGAUGCCGAAUGCGAUGCAUUGCUUUGAUUUUAAUAUACAAAAUGAGGGAGGGCAGGUAUCGAGGAAUCUGUUUAAGAAUGCGUUGAAUGAAUGGCUACCUUGCUGGGAGGGCAAGGCGAAAAGAGCGUGGGUUGGUUAA